UGUGUCUGUUUCUCUUCAUUUCUCUUCACUGCAGGGGCAGCUACAUUCUCAUCUCCAGGAUGUCGGGCCUUCUGACCAGCUCUCUUUUGCUCUUCUCCCUGACAUUGCUCAGAAAUCCAACACUAGAGGCAAAGUCUCUAUCUGUAGUUCGUCUUCGCAGAGACCUCCGUGACGCAGCGCCCUACGAGGCGCAGAUGAUGUCAUAUCCUGCCGCUGGGAGAAGCAACGAUCUUUACUACCAGCCAGAGGCCUUGAGGGCUCAAGGUCUAGGUCAAGCCCUCCAGCGACUGGUGGAGAGCGACCAGAGGCGGGAACAGGAAGCGGCUUAUCUGGCAUCUCUGAUGCGCCUCUUGAACGAGGCGCAGAAUAACGGACAGAGCAAAGCAGAAGAGGAGGAAGAGGAUGAGGAGGAUUUCCAGGUUCCGUACCCACAGGACUACGAUGAGACGGAGCAGGCGGUGAGUAUGGCAAAGCCCCAGGCAUCAUGGCAGGGCGUUCUCGAUCCUCAACUCACUCAAGCUCUGCUUAACCGCUACAAACAAGAGAUGCUGAUGCAGGCCGGAAGUGCCAACAGGAUUCCUGAGAGACACCAGGAUAGAGAUCAAGGGAUGCUCAGGUACCUUGUUGAGAAAAUCAUCUCCGGUUUGGCAUCGGGCGGCAACCAAGCAGGAUCUUCCAACCAGCGCGCAAAACGCGACCUGGCCGUCGUGUCCAAUGUGGAGCGAGCUGGAGGCUCCUCCCUUAAACGAACCCGGCGUUCCCUGGACUCCGCCCCCAUCCCCUCCGGACAGCCCGAGGCCUCGCUGUUAAGGGUGAAGAGGCUCGAUGAUGACGACGAUGAAGGUGUCAUAGGCCAGAGCAACAGAACGCCACACGCCGGCCUGCAGAGGAUGAAGCGCAUAGACACUGACCUGCCACCCCCCCAAAAAACCAGCCGCAAGCGCAGGGCUCUGACCUACGACCCCAACCUGAUCGCACAGCACAUCCUGCAGUACCUACCAGCCUAAAGAGAUAUCGAGAAGGGGAAAGAAUAUAGACAGAGAGGGAAAUUUCACUCGCUUACAGAUAUGCCAGCAUUGUCAUCAAAGUCAGUCCAGGCCUGCUUGCCAAGGUUCGAUGUUAUACUAUAUUAAAAUCCACACGUAACAGCAUAUCUAAUGUGCUUUUUGUUUUUCAAAACCAUGCAUUUUGUGCAUAACAUGAUCUAAUUGAAAUGGAUCAUUUAAAUUUUUAGCCAUUGGCUUGUAGAAGUGUCUCAUGUGUUUGUAUGUGUCAGAAUCAACACGAUAAAAAUCACAUUAACACCA